GCGAAGCCCGAGACGCACACGUGGACACACACGCGCCUCCUCCCUGCUCCCGAGCACCGCCCGCUCCGCCGCCACCUCCGCCGACCAUGCCCCCCGCCGGCGGCGGCGCGGUCUUCCUCGGCGUCGACGUCGGCACCGGCAGCGCGCGCGCAGGUCUCUUUGAUGAGAAGGGCAAGCUGCUGGGGACGGCGAGCAGUCCUAUACAGAUAUGGAAGGAGAAGGACUGCAUUGAGCAAUCGUCGACCGAUAUAUGGCAUGCCGUGUGCGCUGCGGUGAAAAAUGCAUGCUCUGUGGCAAAUGCCGCACCUGAAAGCGUCAUCGGGCUUGGCUUCGCCGCUACUUGCUCUCUUGUUGCUGUUGAUGCCGAUGGCGCCCCUGUUUCUAUUUCUUGGAGUGGUGAUGCGAGGAGGAACAUCAUUGUUUGGAUGGACCAUAGGGCUGUAGACCAGGCUGAGAGGAUCAAUGCUCGCAAUUCGCCAGUAUUGCAAUACUGUGGAGGCGGUGUCUCCCCAGAAAUGCAAGCUCCAAAGCUCUUAUGGGUAAAGGAAAAUCUGCAAGAGUCGUGGUCUAUGGUAUGUAGGUGGAUGGACCUCAGUGACUGGCUAGCAUAUAGAGCGACUGGCGAUGACACACGCAGCUUAUGCACAACCGUUUGCAAAUGGACAUACCUUGGGCAUGCACACAUGGAACAGUGGAAGGAAUCAGAUUCACGUGAUAUGGAAGCAUGUGGAUGGGAUGAAGUCUUUUGGGAAGAAAUAGGCUUGGGAGACCUUGUUGAAGGCAAUCGUGCAAAAAUAGGACGAAGUGUUGCAUUUCCUGGCCAUCCUCUGGGUUCUGGGUUGACAGCUGCUGCUGCCAAGGAGUUAGGAUUGCUUCCUGGGAUUCCUGUUGGAACUUCACUAAUUGAUGCUCAUGCUGGUGGUGUUGGAGUCAUGGAAAGUGUUCCAGAUGCAGAAUCUAAAACUGGCAUGUCUAAUGAAUCUGAUGAACAAGCUAUAUGCCACCGCAUGGUCUUGGUUUGUGGGACAUCUACAUGCCAUAUGGCUGUCUCAAAGAGCAGACUAUUUAUCCCUGGUGUCUGGGGACCAUUUUGGUCUGCAAUGGUACCUGAAUUUUGGCUCACGGAGGGUGGCCAAAGUGCAACUGGUGCUCUACUUGAUUACAUUGUUGAAAACCAUGUUGCCGCUCCUCUUCUUGCUAAUCAUGCUGCUUCUCAAAGUAAAUCCAUAUAUGAGCUACUGAACAAGAUAUUACUUUCUAUGGCAAAUGAGCAAAAUAUGUCUUUUGUUUCUGCCCUGACUCAAGACACCCAUGUCCUCCCAGAUUUUCAUGGAAAUAGGUCUCCUUUGGCUGAUCCAAAAUCUAAAGGAGUGAUAUGUGGCUUGACACUUGAUACAAAUGAGAAGCACUUAGCGCUUCUUUAUCUAGCAACAAUUCAGGGCAUUGCUUAUGGUACUCGUCAUAUUGUAGAGCAUUGUAAUGCUCAUGGGCACAAGAUCGACACUCUUCUAGCCUGCGGUGGACUUGCGAAAAACUCCUUGUAUAUCCAAGAACAUGCAGAUAUCACCGGAUGUCCAAUAGUACUUCCCAGAGAGAAUGAAUCUGUGCUUUUAGGUGCUGCUGUUCUGGGUGCUGUUGCUGCAAAGAAGUUUCCUGGCGUUCGUGAUGCAAUGAAAGUACUGAAUGCAGCAGGAAAGGUUGUAUAUCCAUCUUCAGAUCCUAGGGUGAAGAAAUACCAUGAUGCAAAGUAUCAGAUAUUCCGAUCCCUUUAUGAGCAACAACUCUCCAAUCGUGCAGCUAUGGCACAGGCAUUGCAGUAGGGGUCUAUGGCCAGUGAUUUUACCAAUUUAUUCUUGUUAAACCCCGAAUUAUGUCGCCAUUUUCUUUUGAAUUAUUGACAUCCCAUAUACUUAGUUCCAUGUUACGUGAUCAAAGCAAUGAUAUGUAUAAAUAGUAUAAAAGUUGGCAAGAUUAAGACAAUCCUUCAGGGUGAACUGUGAUCUUGAUAACAAAAAUCUCAAGAAUGAAAAUUUAGAGGUUGUCAUGGAAAAGGUUGGCAGGUUCCCUUUCUAUGCACCAA